AUGCGGUGGUCGGCGCUGAUCGUGCCCGUGCUGGUAGCUUUCCCUGCGCUGACCGCAGGGCUCCAGCAGGUUCAGGAUGCCACCCCGAGGCGGAAGUCGCUGGAGAAGAAGGCGCACCACGAGAAGAGGAGGGCAGCCAGCGCCGCCUAUCAGACGGGCGCGCAGCAGGCGCGCGCGGCCAUCGCUGUUGACAGGACUGUUUCUGAGUUCGAGGAGGCGGUCCACGUGGCCGAGAAGAUGUUCGAGUCGAUUGAGAUCAAGCAGAGGGCCAAGCUGAUGGAGGUGAAGAAGGCCAUCAAGACUGCGCCCAAGGAAGCCGAGCACGGGGCCGUCAAGGUGGCGCCCCACAUGGCCACCCUUGAGGAGGCCGUGGAGGCCGAUAAAGAUGCCCUCGGGAAGGUCAACGUCACGGCCACGGCGGCCCAGAGAGAGGAGCAGCAUAAAUCGAAGGGUUCUGCCAAGAAGAUCAGUUCCACGGCUAAGGCGUCCGCUGUGGAGCAUAAACAUGAGCAGAAGUCCAAGUGGACUGCCAAGAAGGCUAGCGUUGCGGCCAACGCAGGCGAGGCAGCCAACAUGGAUGUGGCUGACACUGCUAGCUUAGGUGAGACAACCAGGGAGACCAAGGUGGUUUCCGACGAGGCAGAUACUGCUGUUGCCGACGAGGCGGUCAUGGAGGAGGCAUCUGACAAGGCCGAGAAGAAAGUCGAGGCUUCGGACGAGGUGGAGACUGCUGUUGUAGAGGGCUCAUACGACACGGCCGAGGUUGCAAAGGUAUCCGACCAGGCUGAUGCAGGUGAGGCCUACUACGAUGUGGAGACUGCUGAUGCAACCGAUGAAGCGGAGACAAAGGAAUCAUCCGACAUGACUGAGAUUACCGAAACAUCCCACGACGCCGAAGGGGCGCACGCCGAGUUGGCGAAGCAGAGGGUCAUCACUGACGCGGACAGCAGCGAGACGGUCAAUGACGGCGCCCGUGAUGCAAGCAGCGGCGGCGGUAAGAAGAUGAAACACGGUGAGGGCGGCCACAAGGCCGAGCGGAAGGCAGGGCAUGUGGCUGACCACAAGGCGAACCACAAGGGCGGCCACAGGGCCGACCACAAUGCGGGGCACAAGGCCGACCACGAGGGUAAGCACAGCGCUGGACAUGGAGCUGGUCACAAGGCAGACCACAAGGGCAGCCACAAGGCCGACCACAAGGCGGGGCACAAGGCCCACCGCAAUGACAAGCACAGCUCUGGACAUAGAGCUGGCCACAAGGCGGACCACAAGGGCGGCCGCAAGGGCGGCAAUCAGGUGGGACUGAAGGCCGACCACGGCAAGCUCAGCGCUGGACAUGGAUCUGGCCACAAGGCGGACCGGAAGGGUGAGAGUGCGCACGGUGCCGGCACCGCCCUCCACAAGAAGGCGGGCCACGGAGAGCAUGCCCACAAGGCCGACCACAUGGGCAGGCACGGAUCGGACCACGAGGCGGGGGGCAAGGGCUCGCGCAAGGCUGGAAAGGUAACCCACGAGGCGGAUUGAUUGAACGAAGCCUGUCUUUCUCAUGAGUUUGUUGUUCGAGCUAGUAGUGCAUGAGCGCGCUACAAGACGUUCGGGCCAGUGAGUGAAGUUGCAUGCGGGGCGCGGUUGGCGGCCAGACUAUGUGAAAAUUCUAGACGCUUCGCGUAAUGAUGAAGCGUUCUGCGCGCAUGUGUGGUAGCACGGCAGCAGCCGAGGCUGCAGCGCAAACUCGCCAAUCUGAUCGAACUAUUCGCGCCUUGUUGUAAUUCCACGUGCAUUUUUUUCAUUUCUUCCUCCACCUCCUCCUCCUCCCCCUCCUCCUCCUCCUCCUCAUCAUCUUGGUCGUCCCAGUGUGAUCCACUUGCGCGCUGUUCCCGUGCGUGGUGCCCUUGGCUCCCAGCGCACAAGUGCAGCUUCUCACCGGGAGCCGACGGCUGUGGCCCAGCGUGUAGCCAGGGCCCAGGCUUUUCUUUCAGCCAGCGUUCAUGCCCACGCACCGCUUGGUGUAUGGUUUGUCAGUCAGUCAGUCAGCUUCCAGGACUGCAUUUCACGAGGCUUGUCCGAAU